CCACAGGCACCAGAUAGUCCUGCCUCUGAAGACAUCCCUCACCAGCCCCCCCUCAUCCUAUACCAAACAUCCCCUGAUGCGAUGGGACUUUUCCAUAUAUACCCUGCAUGUCCCACCCUGAUACCAAAGGGAGAUGCAGGUCUUGACGCAGCUAUUGACACUCCUACCUUGGAUCAUAACCUUGAUCUUGAGAGUUCUCAGGUCAUCACUGGUGUUCCUUCCCAAGAAAUUGGGCCCAAGAAUCUUUUUUCUCCUUUCAGUAGCCUGACAGCGGGGCUCCUCAUGUGCUGGCAAUACUCUGGGGUUAAUUUCAAGUUGAAUGCGGAGAUGAAU